UCCAAUUCUUUCUACUGCGAAAGAAUUCCAGCUAAAAUUGACCCGUUGACAUUAAACCAAACCAGGGCAAAUUGUAUAAUGCAUGGCACGAUGUGUCGAUUUGUCACAAGUAUGAGUAAGUCUUAAUUUAUGCGAGACAAUCGGAACCUUGAGGACAAAAGCGCCUUUACCUGCCAGGUGGAGCGGAGGAGAGACAGUGAGGGGGGGGGAGAGAAAGAUAGAAAGAGAGAGAGAGAGGGGGGGGAGAGAAAAGAAGCGGGCGAGAAAAGUCGACUUACCUGUAGCCCAACUUCUGGCAACCCACUCAUUCUAUUACCUGCUCCGACUUGAAAGUCCAGUUUCACAAGGAAGGAUCGUAGAGGAAGCGAAAUAUGUCACAGGAGACAGACAACAAGCGUCUGGUGGUGGUGGUCCCCAACGAGAGCUCCUACCCUGCCGUGCGACGGGCCUACACCAGCGAGGACGAGGCAUGGAGGUCGUACCUGGAGAACCCGCUGACCGCCGCCACCAAGGCCAUGAUGAGCAUCAACGGGGACGAGGACAGCGCCAACGCGCUGGGCCUGCUCUACGACUACUACAAGGUGCCUAAAGAAAAGAGGUUACUGCCGGUUCCCAAAGUUCUUGAAAUUACAGAGGAACAGCAGAAGAGGUCCGCGUUGCCGGGCAACCCCGACAGCCAGAGCGAGGCGGAGACGGUGGACAACCGCGUCCAGGUCCUCAAGUCCGUCCCGGUCAACCUGUCGCUGAACACGGAGCCCCAGGAACACAAGCGGGAGCACUUCAGCAGCCUGACGGAGGCGGCGCCCGGGAACGGAGGGUCGGCGGCGGCGGUGAAGGCCGAGGCGUACGCGCCCGUCUUCAUGACGGGAGCGGGUCUCCACUACAGGGGGGAGGGAGAGGAGUCGUCGAGGGUGAUCUACGAGCAGGCGGCGUACGAGGUGACGACCGUCAGCCACAGCUCGUACGGGAAGGAGGACCAGCUGAGUCCGCCCGACAGCCCGUAUGCGGAGGAGAGAGACGGGCGUUCCCAACAGAAGUUUCACGCACCUUCCUCUCUGGCUACAGAGGACUUCUUAUUGCACCAGGAGGGAGUUGACGGCUUCCAGUACACGCUGGACGCCACCCGCUCGCUGCGCCAGAAGCAGGGCGAGGGGCCGAUGACCUACCUGAACAAAGGCCAGUUCUACGGCGUGACGCUCAACGAGCUGAGCGCCAGCAAACGCCUCCGUCACCCCAUCAGCAAAGUUCGGAGCGUGGUCAUGGUGGUGUUCAGUGAAGACAAGAACCGGGACGAGCAGCUCAAGUACUGGAAGUAUUGGCACUCCAGGCAGCACACGGCCAAACAGAGAGUCCUGGACAUCGCUGAUUACAAGGAGAGCUUCAACACAAUCGGCAACAUCGAAGAAAUCGCCUACAACGCCAUCUCCUUCACCUGGGACGUGAAUGAAGAGGCCAAGAUCUUCAUCACAGUCAACUGUCUGAGUACAGACUUCUCCUCUCAGAAGGGGGUGAAGGGUCUUCCUCUGAUGAUCCAGAUCGACACGUACAGCUACAACAACCGCAGCAACAAGCCGCUGCACAGAGCAUACUCACAGAUCAAGGUCUUCUGUGACAAGGGGGCUGAGAGGAAAAUAAGGGACGAGGAGAGAAAACUGUUUCGCAAGAAGUCCAAAGGUAAAGAUGGAGGUGUGGGCGUAAUAACCGUCCCCAAGAAGGCCGACACCACCUAUUUCAAGACCAUGAGUGACCUGGAGGCUCAGCCCGUACUCUUCAUCCCCGACGUGCACUUUGGAAACCUGCAGCGGGCCGGACAGGUGUUUACCUUCAACACAGAGGAGAUCGAGAGAGAAGGGAGUGUGCUGGUGAAGAGGAUGUUCAGACGGUCGGAUGAAGAUGUGUGUCCGUCACCUCACAAACAGAUCAAAGAGGAGACGCACAAGAGAGUGCUGUUGUACGUUAGAAAGGAGACGGACGAGGUGUUCGACGCGCUGAUGCUGAAGUCUCCCACGCUCCGAGGCCUAAUGGAUGCUAUAUCCGAGAAGUACGGCGUGGCCACAGAGAGGAUCGCCAACGUGUACAAGAAAAGUAAAAAGGGGAUCCUGGUGAACAUGGACGAUAACAUCAUCGAGCAUUACUCCAACGAAGACACCUUCAUCCUCAGCAUCGACAGCUACGCAGACGCCUACAAGGUCACUCUGAUGGAGAUCUGACCGACUCUUUAAGGACUGCAAGUUGAGACACUGGGACUCGCCGGGUUGUUGGCGGAAAUUUACGUGGCUGCUAUUGAUUCGCCCAUGAACUGAUUGGCGACAUUGGAGAGAGUCCAUCGGUGGCGUACGUCAGACGCUCCGGCACAGGUCAAUGUGUGGACGCCCACUGGCUCCUCUGUGACACUGUUCGGGCCCCUGUGGCAAGAUUACCGAGUCAGGGAAGAGGCAGGUUGUCUACGGAAGGAUGUUUAUUUCUCUUUUCCCCACAUAUAUGUUUUCCAUACAAAAAACAAAACAAAAACUGUCACUAUGUGGCCAGGCUUACGCCUCUAAAGUCCCGGCCUACUUUACUGAUCCGCCGGGCUUGGUCAUCGGUCAGCACCCCUCGCUCACACUGAGGCCAUGGGACCUAAUACAGCCUUAACCUAGCUGUAGCUCCACCCCCCAGACCAUCCCAUUGCUAACCAAACAAUUAACCCUAUAAUCCCCCCAAAAUACCCCAAAAUGUACCCAACCAGCAACCGACAAAUAUACAAAACAUACCACAUGCUUUCCUCCCUUAACAAAAUCACAUUUGUACAGAGAAACCCCAUUUUACUGAUACACCCGCGCAAUAAUGGUUCCUUCCACCAUUCCCCCUUCAAACCCCCCUAUUUCUACCCUGUGGAACAUCCCUUCGGCUUCCCCCGCGAAAAGUUUGCUCAUACAGGUGGCGGCGCUGCGCGUGAGCACGCCACGGCUCAGUCCCUGACGGGCCCUUUAAGGACUUUAUGGCUUUAAUGGCUCUACCCAAUGAGUAUAAAAGGGGUUUCAAGUGAUGAGACUGAUUUUAGAUAAAGGACAUUCUACCCUUUUUGGAUAAAAAGUAGAUUGAGAAAGUAUUUGUCACAGAAUUACACUUACCAGAUCUUUCGUCCUGACCAAUCUAACUAACACUGACACUAACACUGACAAUUUAUCUCUUUGGAUUCUAGCAUUAACGAUGCAGGUUGGACUGCAAUAAUGAAAAAAUAAAUUUUAAAUUUAAAAAUAAAUCUCUUAAGCGACACCAGGGAGAUGUCCAUGUUGCAAGCAGCGGCCCACGCGUCGGUUGUCGCGUCGUAGUAGUAAUGUAGUACUCCACGUUGUGGGGCGCUUCGAAAGCCGUUGAAGCCCCUGACAACAAAGCGGUGAUUGUCCAGCACCGCGAUGCCGAAGCUGCUGCGCGGAGUCGUCAUGGAUUUCACGUUGAGCCAGGUGUUGGUGUGAGGGCUGUAGGCCUCUGCCGUGGACAGACGGCUGGAGCAUCAAAGCCACCGACCUAUGGGAGACAAGGACAAACCAAGACAAACAAAGGGUGGAACGUAGAAAUUCUUACGAACUGGUUUUAUUUACUUCCCUGUAGUUGUAGUCAUCUCCUAUUCCUACGAUGUGAAAUAAUGGAGUACAGAUCGGUGCCACAUUUUUGCGGAAUUUUUUUAUAGUAUGAAAAAAUGUUUUUUUCUGUACAGUCUUGUGUUUUUUCCAAAUAACACUGAAUGUAGCAUGAAAUAGUUGGUCCUAGUUAACAUAGCGUCUUUGCAUGCCAGCCUUUAUUUUUGUUAGUUUUGCUAUAAUUUAUUAAUGACAAUGUUUUGCAUUUCUUGGGCAAAUUAUACCGAGAUUUCAAGUACUUUACAUUUCAGUGACUUUCAUAGUCACCCUCUAUGUAAGUUUUUUUAAUAGUUUGUGUAUAUUUUUCGGCUAUGUUCCAAUGACUAACAACAUGUCAACAAAUAGCCAACGUGUUUCUUCCUAGGACCAAACAGGAUGGUAAAAAAAUGAAUUAAAGGAAUAAACAUAGAUCUGUCCCUUUUGGUUAAAACGAGACAUGAGGUUGUACCUGAA